CAAGAAAAUUACUUCGGUCCGUGUAUAAGGAAGUCAAACUUCGAAUAGGGAGCUCAAAGAAACCUCUGCGAGUUUUUGUGGAUCUGAUUUUGGACAAGGGUGAAGAAAAUAGCCAGCUAUAAUGUUGGCGGAGAUUCUUCUUGCUACAUGUAUGUGGAUAUUCUACAUCCUCCUGGAAAGGAUGUCUCUUAAAUGGCACAAACCACCUUCUGAGCUGAAGGUCGUUCUGCUGGGUGAGGAGUGGGUAGGGAAAACCUCAGCUGGAAACACCAUCAUGGGCUUCCACGAUUUCCCUGUGACCUACAGCACAGAGCAAGUGACCCGAAGGAGCAGAAUGCUGGAUGGCAGGCUCAUCACAAUAGUGGACACCCCUGGCUGGGACCCCCAAUCUUCUCCAGAUACUCCUCACCGUAUCCUAGAGAGAGCCUGUGGGAGUGCUGCACAAGGGGGGCUAGAAGGCCCUCAUGUCUUCCUGCUAACUCUCCCAGUCUGCCUUGAUGCUGAGUGGAAUAAGAAAGUUGCUGGAAGACUGCAAGGGUUGUUUGGGAAGAAAAUGUGGCAGCACACCAUCCUGCUCUUUACCAGGGCACACCUACUGGGUAGUAAGAGUAUCAAGCAGCAUCUGCAGGGUAAGGGGAAAGCCCUACAAGUCCUGGUCGAGAAGUGUGAGCAUAGGUACCAUGCCCUCGAUAACAUCAACACAGUGAAUGCAGCACAGGUGAAGGAUCUCCUAGUGAAGAUGGAGUGGAUGGUGGAAGAAAAUGGUGGAAGGAGUUUCUGCAUAGAUCAGGAGUUUGGCCUGUUGGAGCAACGCUCAGGACAAGUAGUGAAGAUGGCUGGUCAGGAGGAGACUUUUAACACAAAUGAGAGAGAGGAGGUAGAGUUCAUGAGGCUACUGGAGUUGGUCAAGAGACAACUGGUUGAUCACGAAGAGAAGAGGUGGCGGGAAAGCUACAGAGGAGAGCCAACAGGACAGGGCUGUGGGAUCAUGGGAGUUGGAGAGGAGGAACCGUAUGGAAUGAAGGAAGAUGAUGAGCAUGCUGGUGAGGGGACUGAAUUUGCAGACGGACAGUGUGAUGAAUCUGAGCACGAGUCCGAGAAACUUGAGCUGGAGGAAGUGGUUGAAUCUGUUCUUGAUGAACAGUCGUGGACCGUUCAUGAAGACGAGGAAAUGAAGGUCUUAAGGAAUGGGUUGCUAUCUGCCUUAGAUCCUCAUGGUGUGGAGGGUAGGAAGUUGAAGGGGCAUCACUACUUCAUUGAAAUAGAUAGAGAGAUUGAGACAUCACCAGCAGAAAGUACAGAAUUGGAGACUAAAAAUGAAGGUGUGGAGAAUGAGCCAUGCUGUUUGUUAGACACCAGCGAGGAUGGUCAGGCAACAUACCAAAAGCAAGCAUUCGAUCCACAGUUUACAGUAGAGACUACAACUGACGAUUGUCAUAAUGCCCCAGGAAACAUAAAACCUAAAAACCAAAAGAAAGGAAGUGGUGUGCCUGAAGACAGCAAACAGAUGGUGGGAAUUAAGGUUCUCAACCACAUAUAUCCACAUGAUAUCGAGGGCGUCCUGGCUUCCAUGUCUCCAGAAGAAAAUGCUCAAGAGAGGUCUGUUGGAGAGAGCACUGAGGACAAAGGAAAUAAUGAUAGUAAGGACAUUUGGACAAAUGCUCCUGUGCACCCACCCAUGGAGGAGAAACUCAAGAGUCCAGCCACAGGCAACAACAUGCUUCAGUGUACCAAACACCACAUCCAGGAGGAAGAGAAUGCUUAUGAGGAUAGAAAAUAUGAAGGAAUCCUGGAGAAAGAAUGUGAUGGCAAUGAAAGCAAUGAUGAGUCUAUCGGUGACAAAGGCGAGGCCAAAAAGCAGCGAAGUUCAAACACGAUCCAUAAAAGGAGCCGCAGCUUUGACUUUGUACAUGAUUUUACAGGAGUAAAAGCAGGAAGAGUAAAGACACAGAGCUUGAGAAGAAGUCGAAGCCUGGAGAGAUAUGAUAAAUUUAACAAGGAAGACAACAUGGCAGGACAGCCAAAAAUACCACAUGGACAAAAUUAUUCAAAAAGGGAACGCGGUAGGCAACAGCGCACCUUGGCAAGAGGGAGAGGACUGGUCUGAAAGGUCUGCUCAGGAAGAAAUGGAGCUGGUUGAAGCAGACAGCGGAUUAAGGAGGGCCACUUCUCUAUGCAGGGGAAAACAGAAGAUUUGACCAUUUGAACUGAAAAGAAAUGCUGUAGUGUUAUACCGGGCAACGUAUUGACCGAUUUCUAUUAACCUAAUCUUAUCUCUCUCUGGCUGUGUCCGAAACU